CCUGGUUCUCCUAGUGACUUAUCACGCAAUCAAGAUGCUCCCUGAGCAAUGUUGUAGUUGUAGUUGUUCAGCUGCCCAGCUGGUAGUUAUUUGGCUUCGGGGACUCAGCCCCUCUCCGAUUCCGACCCCACCAUGUAAUCAGGCCGCCGAUAAGCCUCAGUAAUCAACAAUGGCACAUUAUAUCCGUUUGAAUAUCUCACUGUAAAGACAGUCUUUUCGACUAAAGAGAAAAAGAAUCAUAUUUAAGCCUGUCAGGUCUAAGAAUCGAAAUCGCCCUGGUAAGUAUGCUAUGGGGGUCUUAACCAUCAUGAUCCCGCCUUGAAACGCCCAGUGUCCCCCGAGAAAUAAUCCAUAAACUGAUAUGGUUCUUUUGUAUAAUAGAUGCCGCCGGUGCCAGGCCCUGUCGAAGGAGAAGAUGUUGGCUUGGAUGUGUUGACAGACGGCUUUCAAUACCGGGAUCAGAAAACUCAGUCAACAGUCGCAGUCAAGGACAACCAAAUCGUCUCUGUCUUGCCGAGCCAGGACAAGUUCAAACCAGGCUACACGAUCUUGUUCGUCAACAAGCGUGUCGAGACUGGAGAAUCGGGUUCACAGAAGGAAUUCCCAUACCUAUCAUCUGUUUUCGCAAAGAAUUUGCCUGCGGAAGUGCUAUCACGACACCUCUACUCGGGUCCGCCAGCCCACCUUGAGGCAAACUUACAUGUGAUAGUAUCUACCGCUUCAGGUACAGGCAAAGGGAAGACCUUUUUUGAGGAUCUCUUGCGCCCAUUCUUGACCUAUAUCGACAAAACUGAUUAUCAAUUGCACGAGACAACGUCUGACCAGCAUAUUAUUGAUCUGGCGCGCUCUGUCCUUCUCCCGAGGGCCAAAGAGGGUAUCACGCAGACAAUUCUACUCUUAUCCGGGGAUGGAGGACUGCUUGAUAUUAUCCAGGUAUUCUUCGAUGAGUUCGAGGGGGAGAACCUACCCGCGGUCCCAAGCAUUUGUCUCAUCCCCACGGGCACUGGGAAUGCAAUGGCAAAUUCUAUUGGACUAUUCUCUGAUUCAACGUUCGGAUUGACAAAUAUCAUACGAGGCACAGCUGUGUCUUUGCCGACCUUUAAAGCGACAUUCUCCCCCGAUGCGGAGUAUAUUACGGACGAAGGACGGCAGCGCAGCAGAAUCAACCCAUAUACCAAAACCGGAUCCCCAUAUCCUCAAAUCCACGGCGCUGUUGUCGCUAGCUGGGGCGUGCAUGCAGCCAUAGUUGCGGACAGUGACACGGCAGAAUACCGCAAAUACGGCGUGGACAGGUUCAAAAUGGCAGCUAAAGAAUGCUUAUACCCUUCUGACGGAUCAGGGCCACAUGUGUAUCGAGGCACGAUCGAUCUCACCCACACGCAUGGUCCUGAUGGAACGGAACACGUUCAGAAGCUAGAUGGUACUGAGCACAUGUAUGUCUUGGCGACCAUGGUAUCGGAGCUAGAGCAAGGAUUCACGAUUUCGCCUUCGUCGAAGCCGCUUGAUGGUCGUUUAAGGCUUGUCCAUUUCGGCCCUCAACCACCGGAGACCGCAAUGCACCUCAUGACAUUGGCAUACCAAAAUGGAAAGCACAUAAACGAGGAUCCAGUGACAUAUGAGGAGUUUGACAAAAUGAAGAUCACAUUCGAUGAGGAGCUUGAGAAGUGGAGGCGCAUUUGCAUCGACGGGAAAAUUGUGGUAGUAGAGAAAGAUGGCUGGGUAGAAAUCGAAAGAGAGAAUCGGAAACUUUUGAAUAUCGUUACUGAUGUAUCUCAUAAGUUAUAGGGAUGCUAGAUGCUAGACUAUUACAUUUGAUAAUUCCUCCCUAUAAUAAUAUACCUAGUUCCACCGCAAGGCCAUACUGUAUUCUUGAGUAUGGUCUUUUUCCCUUUUCGCUCAUAGUAUACAUUUCCGGAGUUGUACUGUCGUGGGGAAUGAAGUGGACAAUCGAAUACUUACCAACUGACGCCAGUGAAAAUGUGAAGCCCUCGAUUUCCCGCAUCGACUCCGAUUCACCGGUUAUUCAGUACUCAUAAAUUUAUUCGCAUUGACUUGCGACUAUGUCUAGACGCGUGGCCAAGGGGCGGCAAGCGCAGCUCUUCAUUUAACCUGGAGCCACGUGACGCGAAACGGCCAAGACGAACUGGACUCGACGC